UCGAGUCUGAGAGCGUCAGUCAGCAACCCAAACUCCAGUAAAUCCCAUCACCAUUUCCAUUCUGCAUUGGAAACGAUCCCUAAUGUCCAGGUUGUGGCGCGGCCUGAAAGCGGUGGUCCAAACCCAGACCGCUUCACCUGCAAACUCCCACCAUUACCACACCAUCCAAGCCAUCCCUCGAGAAUGCACCGGAAGCCGUGUCUCGAGCCGUGACAGAGCCCAAGGUAGAAUCCCGGCUGUGGUUUUCUCUCAAGGGUUGCUCGAAAAAGACCCUAGCAACCGUUCUCCAUCGAGGAAACAGCUUUUGACUACCGAAAGAAAGCAGGUUCAAUCCAUCCUCAAGUCCGUUCAACUCCCUUUCUUUUGUUCCACUAUGUUUCAGCUUCAUAUCAGGGCCGGUUCCGGGUCUUCGGUCUUACUUGAAUCCGGAAGAGUUUUACCCAUCAAGAUUCAUAGGGAUGAGGACAGUGGGAAGAUAUUGAAUUUGGUGUUUGUUUGGGCUGAUGAAGGGACUGAAUUGAAGGUUGAUGUGCCCGUUGUUUUCAAAGGAGAAGAGGAUUGCCCUGGUAUUAAGAAAGGUGGCUACUUUAACAGUAUAAGAACUAGUCUAAAGUUUCUAGGGCCAGCAGAACACAUUCCUCAAAAAAUUGAGGUGGACGUGAGCAAAUUAGAUAUUGAUGAUAGGGUGUUCAUGCAUGAUGUUGAGGUUCAUCCUUCCUUGAAGCUUCUAAGCAAGAAUGAAAGCAUGCCUAUGUGUAAGAUUGUGCCAACAUAUUUUGAAAAUCCAGAGCCCAUGAAGGUAUAGCUAUAGAAGCAUGAAGUUGACUUUCAAAAUCAGUGAUGCGUGCUCAUAUGAUAAAAGUAUUUCAAGAAUAAGUCUGAUAUUUGUUGAUGUGGUGCUUUGAGAUUUCCCAAGAGAUGAGGAAUCUAACAUUUAAGAGUGUAAUCAGACAGUGCUGGUGUUUUGUGGUAGUCGUUAAUGGAAUCACUAUCAUGUUGUAUCGGUGUUUUUAGUUUGUUUCAAACCUUGUUUCAAAGUAACAUUAAGAGGAGGUGGUUCCUGUGAAAUGGUUACGCAAUUGAUUGUAGGAUAUGCAGAAUUUAUGUAGUUAACUACACAUUUCUUUAUGAUUCUUUGAAUGUCAAUGAUUUAUCUAUAGGGAACGAGGUUCGAAACCAACCAAAUAGGAUGUCCACUUGAUAUAAUUUCAUUCCCAAGGGUUUCCU